GAUUCUGUUGAUCAUAAUAAUCAAUGAUGAUGUUUGUAAAAUUUAUUUGUGAUUAGAAUGAAAUUCCUGAUGAAUUAAUGUUGAUGAUUGAAGAAAUGUUGAAAGCAAUACCAAAUGAUCAGAAAAAUCUAACUACAAAUGAAUCAUCUGUUAAAGAUUUGGCCAAUGAAAAUGGCAACAAUAAAUCAAAAUUGAUCAUCAAUGUCCAUGAUUUUAGUGGAAAUUUUCUCUAUCUUCUCAUUAAUCAAUUUUUCUUCACCAGUUGUUCUGUCUAUCUUUUUGUAUUCAAUCUGGCCGAUGAUUUAGAAACAACAACGUUGUCCAAAUAUGAAAAUGUUUCUUUUGUUAGUGAAUUAGGAAAUCAAUCAUUAACUGUUCUACAUUCCAUUCAUCUAUGGAUUUCUUUGAUUCAUUCAACAAUUGCAGGAUUUCCGAUUCCAAAUGAAAUCUCACCAUCAUCACCACCAUCAUCGACCGCUGUGAAUGAUACUAAUGAUACCGAUAAUACGGAUAAUAAUCAACAACAACAACAACAACAACAAGACCAAUCAGUAGAUACAUCGACAAGCGAUGAAAAUUCUAGUGAAUCAAAAACAUUUGAAUUACUUCAACCACAAAUCAUAUUGGUAGGCACACACCGUAAUUCCAUACAUGCUGAGCCAAUCACUCGUAAUCAAAUUGUCAAUGAAAUAUUCGAUAAAAUUCGUUCAAGUUUUAAUGAUAAAAGCUAUGGGGGACAUUUGUUUGAAAAAAAUAUCGCCUUAGAUUGUAAAGAAAUGUCAUUCGAUGAACCGGAUCUAGUGAAAAAUCUACGUCAUAUAAUUGAAUCAUUAAUUCAUGAAGAAAAAAUGGCCGGAUUCUCCAUACCAUUAUGUUGGAUACAAUUGGAACAAAUAUUGGAAAAAUUUAAACAACGUGGCAUAUAUUUUGUCGAUGUUUAUCAAUUACAUGAAGUUGUUUCAUCAAUAAUCGAUACAUUUCAAUCAUAUGAAAAUCUAAAUUCAGCAUUAUAUUUCUAUCAUAAUCAAGGACGGAUAUUCUUUCUGGAUUGUGUCAAUAAUCAAACUGCAUUCUCAGCGGCUGAUGAUCGUCAUGGUACAUAUGAACUUGGUAUUAUAAUAUUGGAUCCAAAUUGGUUUAUCAGCUGUAUAUAUGAUCUUUGUUCAUAUUUAUGUUCAAUGAAAAAUGAUGAUGAUGAUAAUCUGUUUCUUGGUAUUAUUAGGUAA